AUGGCUACCAACAAUGGCACUGGUGCCCCUGUUUGCCCUGCACCAAUGAAGGCAACAUCCAAUGGAGCUUUCCAGAAUGAAAAUCCACUCGAUUUUGCCCUACCAUUGCUUAUUGUUCAGAUAAUUUUGGUGGUCACUUUAACCAGAGUCCUUGCUUUCAUUCUUCGACCUCUAAGGCAACCUAGAGUCAUUGCGGAGAUCAUUGGAGGAAUUUUGCUUGGUCCUUCUGCCUUGGGAAGAAACAAGGAGUUUAUUAACAAAAUUUUCCCAAAAAGAAGCAUGACCGUGUUGGACACCUUAGCCAACAUUGGCCUUCUCUUCUUCUUGUUUCUGGUGGGUCUUGAGCUUGACAUCCGUGCAAUUCGUCGCACUGGCAAAAAGGCCUUGGGAAUAGCCGCUGCAGGGAUCAGUCUCCCAUUUGUUCUCGGCAUUGGUACAUCAUUUGUUCUUCGUUCUACCAUCAAUAAAGGAGUUGGUGAGAUAGCUUUUCUUGUCUUCAUGGGGGUUGCUCUCUCUAUAACGGCCUUUCCUGUACUUGCUCGUAUCCUCGCUGAGCUCAAACUUCUCACCACCGAUGUUGGCCGCAUAGCCAUGUCGGCAGCAGCUGUCAAUGAUGUUGUUGCCUGGAUACUUCUUGCACUUGCGAUUGCACUCACAGGAUCCAACAAUUCUCCUCUCGUCUCUGUAUGGGUGCUGCUUUGUGGAUCAGCUUUCGUGUUAUUUGCCAUUUUCUUAUUGAAACCGAUUCUUACAUUGAUGGCUAGGCGUUGUCUUGAUGGUGAGCCAGUGAAGGAGCUCUACAUUUGUAUCACACUGUCACUAGUGUUGGCUGCUGGUUUUGUCACGGAUACUAUUGGCAUUCAUGCACUCUUUGGGGCUUUUGUGGUGGGCAUAAUAGUACCUAAAGAUGGUCCUUUCGCCAGCGUGUUGAUAGAGAAGAUAGAAGAUCUAGUUUCAGGGCUUUUCUUGCCGCUUUACUUUGCAUCUAGUGGAUUGAAAACCAAUGUUGCAACUAUUAAAGGGGGACAGUCAUGGGGAUUGCUAGUGCUUGUUAUAUUCAAUGCUUGUUUUGGGAAGAUUGUUGGUACAAUUGGUGUAUCAAUGUUGUUCAAGGUGCCUUUCAGGGAAGCUUUGACACUUGGAUUCCUCAUGAACACAAAAGGCCUGGUGGAACUCAUCGUCCUCAAUAUAGGCAAGGACCGCAAGGUGCUAAACGACCAAUCUUUUGCUAUCUUAGUUCUAAUGGCAUUAUUCACUACCUUCAUCACGACCCCAAUUGUGAUGGCUAUUUACAAGCCUGCUAGAAAGGGAGAGCCUUACAAGCAUCGAACAAUUCAGCGCAAAGACUGUGAUACGGAGCUCCGAAUCCUUGCUUGUUUUCACAGUACUCGUAACAUUCCUACCCUGAUCAAUCUGAUAGAGUCAUCUCGAGGGAUUCGAAAAAAGGGACACCUCUGUGUAUAUGCCAUGCAUCUUAUGGAACUUUCGGAACGAUCAUCAGCCAUUACAAUGAUUCAUAAAGCCCGCAAAAAUGGUCGACCCUUUUGGAACAAGAAACGUCAGGAUCAAGAUCAAAUGGUCAUUGCAUUUGAGGCCUAUCAGCAGCUCAGUAGCGUCACUGUCCGUCCCAUGACAGCAAUAUCAGCUUUGAAUACUAUCCAUGAAGAUAUUUGCACCAGCGCAGACCGAAAGCGAGCUGCCCUAAUUCUAAUGCCAUUCCACAAGCACCAAAGAUUAGAUGGAUCGAUGGAGUCUUUAGGACACUCAUUUCAUCUAGUGAACCAGCGAGUCCUUCGACACGCCCCUUGCACCGUGGGAAUUCUUGUAGACCGUGGCCUGGGAGGCACCACCCAAGUGGUUGCUAGUGAAGUGUCCUACUCGGUGGUGGUACCUUUCUCUGGGGGUCAAGAUGAUCGUGAAGCACUUGCUUACGGAAUGAGGAUGGCUGAACACCCUGGAAUCAAGCUCACUGUCCUUAAGUUUACAGCCAAACCUGGAAUGUCACUAGACUCUAAAGCUGAUGUUGGAGCUGAAUCGGACAAGGACAAUGAAAUUUUGUCCGAGUUCAUUAGUUUAAGCAAGAGAAAUGAAUCAAUAGGACACGAGGAGAAAAUAGUGGGAAGCAAAGAAGACAUCAUUGCUGCUCUGAGAUCAAUGAGCAAAUCUAGCCUGUUUUUGGUAGGACGAAUGUCCCCAACAAUGCCAUUGACGGAAAAAAGUACUGACUGUCCUGAACUAGGCCAUCUUGGAAGCUAUUUAGCCUCGUCGGAUUUCUCCACCACUUCAUCCAUUUUGGUGGUCCAACAAUAUGAUCCUUCGACAAAUGCCAUGGAACAAGCUCAAUUUGACGGCAAUGAAGUUUCCAAUGCACCACUGCCAGACGCUGUGUGA